AUGAAACAACUAUUGCAGGUGGAACUACUGAGGACCAGUUUAUACAGGACACGAAUAAAAGUAUCUCAAGCCUUAGAAAACCUCGUUCAACACGUCGAAACUUACACGGAGUUUGACCCUUUACUGGUGCCUCCUCAUCCAUCUAAUCCCUGGGUCAACGAGGAUGUGACUUACUGGCAGCUUACUGCCUCAUUAGUGGAUGUGCCGACGGAAAAAAGGGUGAGGAAGUGGGGUUUGUCAAUGGAGGAUUUGCUCUGCGACCCCACUGGGGUGCAAGAGUUCACCAAUUAUUUGCAGAAAGAGAAGAGCGAGGAGAACAUCCUGUUCUGGUUGGCGGUCAACGAUUUGAGACGGUCGUCCCAGUCGCAGGUCCUAUGGAAAAUUCAAGAAAUAUACGAGAAUUUUGUGAAACACGGAGCGCCUAGAGAAGUCAAUAUCGAUAAUCAAACGAUGGACAAAGUCUUGGAAGGGAUGAAGAACAACAGCCGUUACUGUUUCGACGCGGCCCAAGAACACGUCUACAACUUACUGCUGAAGAAGGACUGCUAUCCGCGCUUCAUCCGAUCGGAUUAUUAUAAGAACCUCCUCGCGAACGGUAUACAACCCUUACAAAAGAAACGGUAA